AUAUCUUUCCAAAACAGUCUUUACAGAUAUAUCCAAUGGUUGUAAUAGAUUGAAACUAUAAUUAAAAUUGAAUGCAUUUACUGAUUUAAAUGCAUUGAGAUUUAUGCAGUGAUUGGGUUGUUAAUAUCAUAGAUUCUUAAGGUUCACAGAAAGUGAUAGAACUAAAAAGGGUUAUAGCUUUUUUAAAGAAAGGAGCAUAGAUAAUAGAUUUUUAACUAAAUAGCACUAAAAUUAAGUCAACUUUCUGUUAAUUGUGUGCUUUGGUUGUAGUUUUCAACAUCUCUUCUAGUUUAGAAAUGAGUGCAAUAAUUUUAGCUAAAAUUACAGUGAUUGGUUAUUAGUACUGUUUAUUGCUGUUUUUAUCCAUAGACUUACAUAACUGUAAGGAGGUUUAUGGUAACUUAAAGUACACCUGAGGGCAUAGUAAACUUGACUUUUAAGAUGGUAUUUAAUUUAAUUUGUAAGACGGUAUUAUAUAAUAGGCAGCAAAAUAUUCAAUAACUCUGCUUUGGUUUUUUCUUCUUUCUUUUAUCUGAUUUAAUUUAGCCAUUAAUGUUGCUGGGCCUGGCUAGUAAGCUUAUUAAUUUGCAUUUAUGAACUAAUCAGACUAAAUUAGUGGCCAGCUGUUUGAGCUUGCAAAUUUAUGGAAACAUUUGAGUACAAAUAAUUUCUGCUAAGUAUCCAUGGAUACAGUGAAAUAAUAUUAUAGAUUAUUGUUAUAUUAUUUUUGCAUAUAGUAGCUUUAAAAUAUUACAAAGAAGAUCCAUAUUUCUAAUUUACAUCAGUAUGAAUUUCAUGAAAGAACACAUAAGAUUGUUUUUUACUCCUCCCAACCAUUAAGUAAUUGGGUCCAUGUUGCAGCUGUGUCAAAAAUGUUUUCCAAUUUGUGCUAGCUCAGUCUGCACUGUCUACUUUGUAUAUUGUGCUUCAAUUCCUUGUAACUAAAACUAUCUACUCUGACUACUGCAACAUUCGGUCCAUGUUGCAGCUGUGUCAAAAAUGUUCUCCAAUGUGUGCUAGCUCAGUCUGCACUGUCUACUUUGUAUGUUGUGCUUCAAUUCCUUGUAACUAAAACUAUCCACUCUGACUACUGCAACGUGUGGUGGGAAUGACCACUCUGCUUUGGUCACAGACCUCCAGUGCCAUUUUUCUAAAAUGAUAGAAAAAUAAAAAGCUGGAAUUUUAAAAAGUUAAAUUUACUAAAGACCUAUAAUAGACCUUUCUUUUUCUUAAACCAGUUGAAAUUGACAAGGAUUUCCCACUUUCCCCUUUUAGUCCAUGUAACAGAAACAUUGGUAUUAAAAGGUAUGUAUGUGAAGGUAGACAGUUGUACCAGUCCAGGAGAGGUAAAGAAAUAAGUGAGUCAGACAAAGCAUUAAAUCAUCACUAUGGCGGAAAUAAAGGGGUUGAAAUCUCAAAGAGUAGUGGCAGUCGUGGCUAUGUGGUGAACCAUUUGCACUCUUACCUGGAUCUUGAGGCCAUAUGCAUUGUCAUUCAUGUCUUAAUUAUUGUAACAUGCUCUAUAGGCACUACCUUUUAGAUCAGGGGUUGUCAAACUUGUGUUGUCAUGGCAGCACAUGAUAUAUCGGGACUUUUUUCCCCUUUGCUAAACCGGGCGGGGCCAGCAUGUGAUGCAUCUGGCCUGCAGGCCGCGUGUUUGACAUUCCUGCUUUAGAGUAUUUAGAAGCUGAAGCUAAUGCAGUGGCACAUCACAGUGCUGAGAGUCCCUAGGGCUGCUUAUAUAACGCUAUUACUGCACGAACUGCGUUAGUAACCAAUUUGCUUCCAGACCCAAUUCAUGGUGCUGGUUGUUGUUACAUGGCAUAAAGCCCUAUGUGGCAUGUGUCCUGGGUAUCUGAGGAGCCAUCUUUCCCAAUGGGACUAGCUUGCCCACUUGCACCAGAAGAAGAUGCCUAUUAAGGAAUUCCAGCAAAAAGGUUCAAGGAAAAGAACCUUUUCCAUCAUGGCCCCAUUCCAGUGGAAUACUCUUCUAUCAGAAGUGAGAACUGCUUUUGGCCUUCCAGAAAGGGGUUUAGAUACUUUUAUUAACAGAGCUCAUUGAAGGAAACUAAAUAUGAGAAGAAAACUAGACUUGUCUGACCUGACUGAUGAUGAAGCUGAACAUCUUAUUCAAGUGGUCCAACGAGAUUUUACCCUCCGCAAAAAAGAAGACAACAGACUGAAUGAAAUGAAACAGAAGCUUGAUGAAGAGGGUAACAAGUGCAGCAUCCUUUCCAAGCAUGAGAGAUUUAAUGAGCAUUGUUGCAUGCGUUGCUGCUCCCCAUUUAAUUUUCUCAUCAAUACUAAACGACAGUGCCAAGACUGCAAAUACAACAUCUGCAAGAACUGCAGCUCUUAUCAGAAGAAAGAGAAAGCGUGGCUCUGCAACAUGUGUCAGCAAGCUAGAUUUCUAAGAACUCAGUCCCUGGAAUGGUAUUACAAUAAUGUGAAAAGUCGCUUCAAGCAUUUUGGAAGUGCUAAAGUUCUGAAGAAUUUAUAUAGACACCAUCGCUUGGAAACUGGAACUUGCUGUGACAUACUAGAAGCAGGACAUUUUUAUGAAGGAACCACAGUAAAUGAAGAAAGCAAAUGUAACAGUGAUUCGUUUUUUUACAAACAGACAGAGGGACAUAGCAUGUUAAGCACUGUUGCUGUAGCCUUACAUGUUGCAGAAGAAGUAAUAGAAGAAGCUAUUUCAAAGGCAGGGACAUACAGUGACAGCUUGGACAAACAGUAUGAAGCUUGUUAUUUGCAAGAUCAUAAAGAAGAUCUGAUAGAAGAGCUUGCUACCAACAUUGUCCAGAAGAUUGUAAGGAAGCCGACAGUCAAAACUGAGCAAGUGGAAGCCGGCAUUGAAAGGCCACAGUUCAUGAAUAACAGAAGUAUGACAUCUGCUGCAUCCCCAAAACAGAACAUGCUGACUUUUCAAAGGAGUCAUAGAAGGUCAUAUGCAUUAUGGAGAUCCCAGUCUGCAUUUUCACUGACUAAUGAAGCUACAGCCCAAGACCCAAUUCUCACAUCAUCAGUAUUUGAAUCUACCUUGAGGGAACCAAAAGGCCAAAUCAAGAAACAAAAUAACAAGCUGUCUACAUUUCCCAGCUGGAAGAGUGUGGACCAAUUAAAUGAACCAAAUAAAGAUUUUCCUCCUUUUUUGCAAAGUACAGAUGGAAAUUGGGUAGCCUUGCAAAAUGCCAUUUUGCCUUGUCCUCGAAUGCUUGCCAAACCUAAGAGCCAAGUGUUCAAAGCUUUGGAGGAAGAAUCCAGUGUUGUAUCUGCUUAUGAUGAGAUGGGCUCAGAUAGCGAAGAUAAUGGUGACUGGAAUGUGACUUUGAACAAGCUAAAGCAAAGCCCUCCGGAGCUUUCAAAUUACUUUGAAGCUCAGUACAAUGCUGAAUGGAGUUAUGGCAAUGAAUUAUACCAGUCUAUGACUUCUCUGUCACCUAAGGGGUUUACCAUUGAGACAGAAUACUCUGAUUCAGAAAUAUCACCUGUCGAUUCUUUAAGGGAGACUAUAGCAUCUAGCCUCUUAGGAAUACAUAAAGAAAUUUGUAACAAUAAAUACAGAGAGGAAAAAACAGAGUUGAACGAAGAAUUGGAUGUAAAUUUUAAUCCACAGGCUAUCAGUUUAAACUGUUCAGAUAGUAAUGAAAAUGAAGAAACCUAUCAUGACUUUGAAAAGACAUCAAGAAGAUGUGAAAAAAGUAAUGUUCUCUCUGAAGAUUUAUGCAAAAGCAAAAAUUACACAAAACCACCUAACAACUUGGGUACAUAUCAGGUAUUUGAUGAUUUAUCAAAAUUUGACAUCAGCUGUGCCAAUCAACAUCAACAAAGUAAAGCACUCUCUAUGGAAGAAAGAAUGAAGGCAAGGUUAUCUGAAUUAUCAAUAAAAAUGAAAAAUAGUAGAGAAACUUCAGAGGAAGAGACAUCAGAGUCAAGAACAGCAAAUGAGAACCAGAAAUCAGACUUGGCUUCAGAAAGCAAUAGAAAAUACUUCCAAGAAGAAUUUAAAAAGAAAUGUUCUGCAGCCUCUCUCUGCAACAUAUCUACUGAAGUCCUAAAAGUAAUCAAUGCAACAGAAGAAUUCAUUGCAGAAUCCACAAAAUUAUGUGAUUUCCCAGCAGAAACAUAUGAAAGGGGGAACAGAGAAUUCCCAUUAGGCACAAACCUUAUCCAGCUUGAUGGGCAGCUCACAACAUUGGAAGAAAAUGUCUAUCUGGCAGCUGGCAGUGUGUAUGGCCUGGAGAGUCAGCUAAAUGAUCUUGAGGAUGCAGCUCGUAAAAUUAACACCAUUACUGCAGAAGCUGAACUAGCUGAUCUAGAAGACCAAGUGGCAACAGCUGCAGCACAAGUUCAUCGUGCAGAGCUUCAGAUUUCAGAUAUUGAGAGCAGAAUUUCAGCUCUUUCAGUAGCAGGCUUGAAUGUGGCUCCAUAUGUUCAUUUGACAAGAAGAUGUGAUCACCAGACAAGUCAGAUGCAUACAAUAGACACAUCCAGACAACAGAGACGAAAACUUCCAGCUCCACCAAUGAAAGCUGACAAAUGUUUUUCAGGUGAAAACAUGGAUGCAUUUCCAGUUUCUUCUAUUAGAACAUUUAACAGGAAUUUCAUACUUCAAGGAUCUCUGACACAAAGAAUAAAAAAAGAAAAAAAGAUCAUUGCCAAGGAUUUGAUGGAACCAACUACAGACUCUUCUGUAAUGUAUUAGAAUUACAAAAUUCUACUGCCAAUGACACACUGCCUAGGACUGCACACUAGAGUGCCUUUAUGUAACAGCCAUUAUAUACAUCCAGUAAAAAAAUGAUUUUCAACAAUC